CUCUCUCUCUCUUUUUUUUUCUUUUUUUUUUAAUUCACAUACAACAAUAUGGUUUCUAACACAAAGAUCAUUUUUGAAAAGAUUCCUAGUUCUUAUCCUGAGACUGGUGAACAUAUGGUUGUUAAGAAGGAUGAAAUCAACCUCGAAGCAGAUAUCCCUGAUGGUGCCAUUCUUCUCAAGACAUUAUGUUUAUCUGUUGAUCCUUACAUGCGUGGUCGUAUGAGAGAUGCAAAUAUCAAGUCUUAUUCACCUGCCUUUAUUCUUGGUGAACCCAUGAAUGGUCAUGCUAUGAGUGAAGUAAUCAAGUCCAAUAAUGAAAGCUUUAAAGUAGGAGAUAUCGUUUAUGGUAUGACUCCCUUCUCUGAAUAUAAUCUUAUUCCCAAAGAUUGGACAAAACUUUUUGAAGUUCGUAAUGAAGCAAAGACUGCUGGUAUUCCUAUUACAAAUUACAUCGGUAUUCUUGGCAUGCCUGGUAUGACUGCCUAUGUUGGUCUCUUAAAGUUUGGUCGUCCCAAGAAAGGUGAAUCACUCUAUGUCUCUGCUGCAUCUGGUGCAGUAGGACAAUUAGUGGGUCAAAUUGGUAAGAUCCUUGGUUUGCAUGUAGUCGGUUCAGCUGGCUCUGAUGAAAAGGUGGCCUAUUUAAAGGAGCUUGGCUUCGAUGGUGCCUUUAAUUAUAAGACACAAGAUACCCGUGAAGCCUUUAAGGAACUUUUACCUAAUGGUAUUGAUAUCUAUUUCGAAAAUGUGGGUGGUAAAAUGCUCGAAGAUGUGAUCGAUCAUGCUAAUAAAUUUGCUCGUAUCGUCUGUUGUGGUAUGAUUUCACAAUACAACACUAAAAAUCCUACUGGUAUUCAUAAUCUUAUGCAAGUUGUUGCCAAAUCUCUUGAAAUACGCGGCUUCAUCGUAGGCGAUAGUCCCGAAAUGAUGGAACCCUUUAGACAAGAGGUUACUAAAUGGAUCCAAGAUGGUCAAUUGAAAUACAAAGAAACAGUGACUGAAGGCAUUGAAAAGACCCCAGAAGCUUUAAUUGAUGUCUUGCAUGGUAGAAACUUUGGUAAACAAGUUGUUAAGGUUGCUGAUUUGUAAUAAUUAUGAUGCACAUCAAGGAAAAACAAAAAUUAAUAACUUUAAUAAAAAAAAAAAAACCGUAAAAUGUAUCACUGAAUGUAUGUAUGCAUGUAUAAUCGAAAUAAAUUUGUUUAGUUGGAUGCUAUGUUGUCUGUGCUAAUAUCAUGUCCUAAACACAAUUUUUAAUAUUGACUAUUGACUAUCACUCCUUCAAUA